CGCCCGUCGACCCGUCCGUCGAGUCCUUCCUCCAACGCGAGCUCCAGAACGUCUGGGCCAAGCUCCACGCCCAGCCCGACCACUACAUCUUCACCCGAGACGAGUUUGGCCUGUUCAAUUAUUUCCGCCAGCCCUCGACCAAUAACGAAAUUGCCACAAAGGCCGUCCAGCGCUUCUGGAACCAUUACCGACUCGACCCCCCAAACAGGGCCUGACCGUUGUGACUGAUCUCUUUUCUCGUCGGCUGCACUGGACCUAUAGGACUGGGGUGCGGUUGAUCCACGUAACACCUCAACCUCCGCUCGCAACAACAACCCAUCCGCAAUGCCAACCUCCUGUCAGACGGGACGGCCGCUCCCUCGCGGAACCGUAGAUCGAGCGGCCGAGAGCCCAAAAGCCACCUGCACGCAAUCACUCGAUCGAGCUUCAUCGACAGGGCCAUGGGCAAGGUUUCAACCCCUGCUCGUUUCCUUGGCCCUCACCUGCGCCCUGUGCCUGCUCGACCUACAGCCAAAAGCCUUUGCCCAACCCGCAGGCGGGGCGCCCCACGAAAGCCCUCUGGCUGCCCGCGCGGGGAAUUCGUCCACAAGCCUAUUGGACGUUUUCGAGCUCGAUCCUCCGGUUCACGUCUCCGCGACGCCCGACUGUCAGCAGACAUUGAUGGAUUACGUUUUCGCCAACAGCUACGGCGCGCCCUUUGUCGGCGUCUACGAACCACCGUCGUGCAAUUUUAGCCGUGUCACUUUCAACUUUACAGUCACCUCCGCAGGCCACCAAUAUGACCGCCUGGCGCUCAUGUAUUUUGGCGAUACGGAAAUCUUCCGUACUUCUACCGCCGAACCAACGCCCAAUGGCAUCAUUUGGACCUACACCAAAGACAUGUCGGCAUACCUGUCCCUUUUCCGGGAGAACCAAAAGAUAAUCUUCGACAUGGGGAAUAUCGUCAACGACCAAUAUACAGCCAGCUUCAACGCAACUCUCACGGCCUACUUCUAUGACGAAGAAACCUUUUUGCCCGCCGACCGGAUCAUCCCGAUCUCAGCUCGGAAGUCGUCUGCAAACGGUGCGAGCGCCUGGAAUAUCCCGGCUGACAACGCGACGAACACCCUAUCGCUCCCCCAGAACAUCGCACGGGCCAUCUUCUCCAUCUCGGCCAAUGGCCAAAGUGCCGAAGAGUUUUGGUGGGCCAACGUGCUUCAAUCGGAUGUCAACGCUUUUGGUGAUGUCACAGAGCUGUAUGGGUAUUCGCCGUGGCGUGAGGUGCAGCUGUACAUUGAUGGAUAUCUGGCCGGCGUUGUCUGGCCAUUUCCUAUCAUCUUUACUGGCGGCAUCGUCCCAGGCUUCUGGCGGCCCAUAGUUGGCACCGACGCAUUUGAUCUCAAAGAAGACCAGAUCGACAUUACGCCCUGGCUGCCAUUGUUGUGCGACGGUGGUGAGCACACGUUCGAAAUCAGAGUGACCGGCCUUAACGACACGACAAUCGGCAACGGAGCAAAAGAAGCCGUGCUCAGCGAGACUGUCGGUAGCUACUGGGUUGUGACUGGCAAGUUGUUCCUCUGGCUUGAUGAGGCCGGCAGCGUGACGACGGGCUCUCCACCCAGCAUCCUCGCGUCAGAUCCCAACAUCUCCGUGUCUUCCGUCGCCCACGGCUCCCGGAACCACACCAAUGUGACGCUCGACUAUGCUGUUGCAGUGCAGCGCAGUCUUUCGAUCAGCGCGACCGUACAGACGAGCCGGGACUCGAACAAGGCCACAUGGACCCAGGAGUUAUCCUUUAGCAACGUUGGCAAUUUUACCGAUGCUGGCCGUGUGCAAGUCAACACGCAGUCGACCAAGGGAUAUGACACGGCUUCCGGCCCGUCCAACACGACGCAAGCCUAUUCCCGCACCUACAGCUACCCCCUGUGGGUAUACUCGGACUACCAGUCCGAAGCCCGCGGCUUCUCCAUCAACGGCAGACUCGAUCGUGGCAAGUACGUCGAGACACUCGGUGCAUCGGCCUUCCCACUAGGACUCGAAGGCUACUCGCUUCCAUCCGGCACAGCAGGUACCGGUCUCACUGAUCGCCAGAACGGCUCCGCCACGUAUUUCUCAAGCGGAGGCCCCUCGAACAGCACCACCGAGCAAGACUUGGGCUUCUCCGCCGUCGCGGCCGGGAACGUGCAUCCGCUGUAUCAUAGACAUGCCGUCGCGGCGAAUGACAGCGUCGUGUCCGAUGAUGGCACAGGGGGGCAUGCCGGUGGCCGUGCCCCUGCGUUUGUGGCGCACAAUCAGGUCGGGAGGUCUAGCAUCAAGGAAAUGUUGGGGAGAGGUCCUGGAGGAGAUGAUGGUUCGACAUGAUGGCUUGGGACGAGCGCGAUAGUCCUGGGA